UGAACAAGAAGCCUUCACCGAAUUUCAAACAGAACAACAGGCACCUAUUAUGAAUGAAGAAAACAUAACUAAUGUCAAUACAUCAAAACCAAAAAAUAGGCAUACUAAAAAGCACCUAGGUUCGACUCUUCAAGUCUUAAAAUCAUCACAAAAAUAA